AAGGAAAAACUCCAUGCGACCCGCUUGAGAUUAUUCAUUCAUUGGCGGGCGUAGAUCUCCAUGUCCGCACACUCGGCGCAGUGCGCACGUUAAGAAAGCUUCCUCCCUCUAGUAAACGGAGCAGCUCUCUCUGUUUCCUCCUUUCCCACACUCUCGCCGGCAUCUGUUGCUAACUCGUAGGCGAACUAAAAAAUGGGCGAUUCCAGUAUUAGCAGCAGCAGCAGCUUAUGGUUAGCAACGAAUCCAAGCAAAAGAUGGGGAGAGCUGUUCUUCCUUCUCUACACCCCUUUCUGGCUCACUCUCUGCCUCGGCAUCAUCGUUCCCUACAAAAUCUACGAGCGCUUCACCGAGUUGGAGUACUUGCUUUUGGGAUUGGUUUCAGCACUUCCGUCUUUCUUGAUACCACUUAUACUUGUCGGAAAGGUAGACAGUAAUAAAUGUUGGAGAGAUCGUUAUUGGGUAAAGGCCAGUGUCUGGAUUUUAAUCUUUAGUUAUGUUGGGAACUACUUUUGGACUCAUUAUUUCUUUACAGUCCUUGGAGCCUCAUAUACAUUUCCAUCAUGGAGGAUGAACAACGUACCACACACAACAUUCCUUCUCACUCAUGUAUGCUUCCUAUUUUACCAUGUCACAUCAAAUAUGACGCUUCGUAGACUGCGCCAUUCCAUUGCUGACUUAGCAGAGCCAGUUCAGUGGAUUGCUGAGGCCACAUGGAUAUUAGCUCUUUCCUACUUCAUAGCAUACUUGGAGACUGUAGCUAUAGCCAAUUUUCCAUAUUAUCAGUUUGUGGACCGGGAGUCAAUGUAUAAAGUAGGAUCGCUGUUCUAUGCAAUUUAUUUUUUGGUGAGCUUUCCAAUGUUUUUGAGGAUUGAUGAGAAACCUGGUGAUCCAUGGGACCUACCCAGAGUGGCUGUUGAUGCAUUGGGUGCUGCCAUGCUUGUCACCAUAAUACUGGAUUUAUGGCGGAUAUUCCUGGGACCCAUUGUUCCGAUCCCAGAUUCAAAACAGUGCUUCCAAUCAGGGCUGCCGUGGUUUUCAUACUAAAGACCAUUUGCAUGGAGAAAGAGCAUGAAAGUGCACUUCGGCACCUUGAGUAGAUCAUGCAAGUCGUAGGGAUGUACCAUAGAAGAAACUAUGUUGUGAAAGAAAUGCUCAAGUCCCAUUUUUUUUUUAAAUUUGAAAAUGUGUAAACUUUUAAAAUGUAGGAUAAAAAGAACUGGGACUUUCUUCAUUUGAGAAUUUUGUGACCGUAGACACCUGCAUCCAUGGGUACACAGGGAGAUACACCAGAUUUUCAAUGUUGUAUCUUACGGCAUGGAAAAUGUUUUGUUUUA